UAGUACUCCGUUGAUUCAUCAAAAUACGAUUAGCUACCGCCUACAGGACGGAGUGCUAGCAAUGUCUCGUCUUCUUCCCCACUCAGCCACUAUCGCACGCCGCCGUCUCCCCCCGUCGGCCACGGGCCACCACGCCCUCCUCUCCGGCCACCGCAGCUGUCUUCCUCCUCUCCGCCCUGCGCCCCUGGCCGUCUCUUACCUCCGGCAGCCGCCACCAUCGUCUCUCUCAUCUCCGGCCGCCGCGGACGUUCUCGACCUCGACAACUCCGCCUCCGCCCUGGUCCUUGACGGCCAGCGGCGAGGCCCUCUGGAUCCGGCCGCCGCGGACACCUACACGGUCAGCGUCGAGACCCUCAUGAUCGGCCCCUUUCGACUUUUUAGCGGGAGGAGACUUUCCAUGCAUAGCUGGCAAGAUAGAGAUCUAGGGAGUUCUUUAGUCUGAAAUGAUUCAGAUCUGGCCAUUGUUUACUCGAACCAACGACAUAAAAAAUACAAGGGAGCUACGCGCCGUUGCUCCGUCCACACCGUCACUGCAUUUGCCAUCUGCGAGCUCAUAUCUAGCAAGGCGGAAAGCACCGAGCGAGCAACAAUGGCGGAACUUUUGGUGAGCGUGUCCACAGGGGCAAUGGGUUCCCUGCUGUGCAAGCUGGGUGCUAUUCUGAAUGAUGAAUUCAAGCUGCUCAAGAACGUCAACGAUGACAUCAAGUUCCUCAAAGAUGAGCUCGAGGCCAUGCAAGUGUUCCUCCUUAUGAUGGCAGAAGUGGAGGAACCUGACAAGCAAUCCAAGCUUCGUGCGGAUGCCGUGCGAGAAAUGUCCUAUGAUAUCGAGGACAGCAUCGACAAGUUCAUGAUUCUUGUGGAACAUGAGCCCAGCUCUAGGUCAGAUGGCCUUGGAAAGCUUUUCGGCAAAAGCAUGAAAAAGAUAGCGGACCUCAAGACCCGCCAUAAGAUCGCCAAAGACAUCAAAGACAUCAAGAAACAAGUCAAGGAGAUCAGCGAUAGAUAUGCAAGGUACAGAUCACAAGGUACAAGAUCGACUAGAAAUGCAAAAGUUGACCCUCAAAUUGUGGCGAUCUACAAAGAUGCAGCAGAACUCGUCGGCAUUGAUGGCCCGAGAGACGAGAUUGUGAAGUGGUUGAGUGAGGGUGAAUCGGCACAUCGACAAAAUGUUGUCUCUAUUGUUGGAUAUGGGGGGUUAGGCAAGACAACUCUUGCCAAACAGGUCUAUGACAAGCUUGGAGCAAACUUCGAGUGUCGGGCUUUCGUUUCAAUUUCACGUAGUCCUGACAUGGCAAAGAUCUUGAAUUCUAUAUUAUCUCAGUUCCGCAACGAAGAUUAUUCUCAUGCUGAACUAGGGGAUCCACAACUCACCAUCGACAAGAUCAGAAAUUUCUUGAAAGACAGAAGGUACUUUAUCAUAAUCGAUGACAUAUGGGAUGCAGAGUCAUGGCGAACUCUCAGUUGUGCAUUAUUCAAGAAUAGAUGUGGUAGUGUAAUAAUGACCACAACGCGUAUACAUGAUGUAGCUAAAUCAUGUUGCUCUUCUCAUGGGGAUCUUGUCUACAAAAUCCAACCACUUAGUGCUGCUGAUUCGAAGAAGUUAUUUUUCAAGCGUAUAUUUGAUUGUGAAGAAAAGUGCCCUUUAAACUUGAAAGAAGCAUCUGAUAAUAUCUUAAAAAAAUGUGGUGGUUUACCACUGGCCAUAAAUGCCAUAUCAAGCAUGCUGGCUACCGGGAAAACAAAAGAAGAGUGGGAUCAUCUACGGCUUUCUAUUGGUUUUGCACGAGGAAAAAAUUCUGACAUUGAUACCUUGGAUUACAUAUUAUCUCUGAGCUACUUUGACCUUCCCCUCUAUCUAAGAAGUUGCCUACUGUACUUGACUAUGUUUCCUGAAGAUUAUGAGAUUGAAAUGCAGCGAUUAGUACAAAGAUGGAUUUCUGAGGGUCUCAUCCAUGGUGAAGCUGGGCGUGAUCUUAUUGAACUGGGAGAGACAUAUUUCCAUGAGCUUGUCAACAGAAGUUUAAUACAGCCCGUGGACAUAGGGUAUGACGGCAAGGCAUCACGUUGUCGAGUACACGACACUGUCCUUGAUUUCCUCAUUUACAAAUCAACUGAAGAGAACUUUUGCACUAUGUUAAGCAGUCAUGUCAAGUCAGAUAGCAGAGUUCGUCGGCUCUCUCUGAUGGAAAAUGAAGAUCCAGGAAGUGUGGAGCAAUUGGAUUUAUCUCAUGCCCGCUCACUUUUUGCUUUUGGGUUUACCCGGAAAUAUUUUCCUUCCCUUGUGAACUUAAAUGCUCUGCGUAUGCUUGAUCUACAUGGUUGCCGUCGACUAGUAAAUCACCAUAUCAAAGAUAUUGGAAGACUGUUUCAGCUGAGGUACUUGAAUAUAUCCUGGACAGCUAUAAAUGAGCUUCCUAGACAAAUUGGAGAUUUGGAGUAUCUAGAGACGCUAGAUGCGUCAUUCACAGGAUUAGUUGAGCUGCCCGAAUCAGUUACUCGGUUAAAACGAUUAGCACGUCUGUUUGUUCCUGCUAAAAUAAAACUGCCUGAUGAGAUUGGAAACAUGAACAGCUUGCAAGAACUUUGGGAUAUAAACCCCUUCAAGCAAUCCCUGAACUUUCUGGAAGAGCUCGGCAAACUAACAAAUCUGAGAAACUUGAGAAUUAUUUGGGACUCCGAUGGAUCUGACGAUGCAAGUUACAAGGGAAAAGAGCUAGUGUCCUCCCUCUGUAAAUUGGACGCAUCCAACCUUCGCACCCUCCAUAUUGAAUUUUAUUUGACAGAAAGAGAAGCAACCUUGAUAAGGCAUCCGUUCUUCCCUGCUCUCAAUAGCAUUCGAGAGAUUCAGCUACGCAGUGGGAAACUCUGUUGGAUUUCAAAAUGUCUCCUUUCAUUUGCCAACCUACAAAGCUUGCAUAUCAUUGGUGACACGGAGAUAAAGCAGCGGGAUCUUGAUAUGGUUGGAAGCAUAGCUACUCUGCUGGAAUUCAAGCUGCGGUACUGUCGCUGCGUAGGGCCCAUAAUCAUCGGCAGAGGGUUUCCACAGCUACAGAAGCUUGCUUUCUACUACAGUUAUAUGCAGUUGACAUUUGAAGUGGGGGCUAUGCCGAAUGUCAAGAAGCUUGACUUCAGUAUUCACCUAAAGAGCUUCAAAUCUGCUGGUGGUGGUUUUGAUUUUGGCAUCCAGCACCUCUCCAGCCUUGCUUCGAUCCGUGUCACCAUAAGUUGUGAUGGCGCAAGGGCUGCAUAUGUUGAGUCUACGGAGCGUUCCUUCAGGAGCAUGGCCGAGGCAAACCCCAACCGCCCCACAUUGGAAAUUACGAGAGAACUAACGGAGGACAUGUUAGAGUAACAAUAGCACAGUAGAUGCCAAAGGCAAAUGGCUAGUGUCCUGUUUCUGCUAGCUCAGUUUCACCUCUGUACUCUGGAUGAAUGUAAUGUAUGGAUGCUUGUUGUCUGUUGUCUCAAUGAAAAUAUCAGUCCAGAACGUGUUCUGUUUAAAUGAACAACUCCACUGACUAAUUGUAUGUAUUAAUAUAUAGUUUGGAUGGUUUAGCACCACCAGUUUGGCAACUGAAGAACUAGUGUGUCUUAUCUGCAGUUCAUGACUGGAGGCGUGCAUGAUGUACCCAGAACAAUGGCACGGAAUAGAAGUGAGGCUUGCUAGUAUCAAAGAAGUGAAACCUGCUAGCCUUUCAGACCAAACGGAGGGAGAAACUUAUGCUUGGGCCAAAAAUCAAGGAAGUGAAACCUGAUGUCAAUGCUCAGAUGGGAGAGUGGUGGGCUGAUGAAUCGAGGACAGACUCGUUAUCCUGGUGGUAGCUUGCCACAUUUGCAGAUUUCCAAUAAUGCGCCUCUGGAAACAACUCUCUCCUGAAUUGUAGAAGAAGAUCCAAAUCCUGAGCCCAGAUCUUCUUCAUUCUUAGGUCAAUUGUCUUUGCUGAUCUGAUCUCUACCCUUCGCAGCUUCUAUGGGGAGCCUUUCUCUGUGACCUGAAUUUUCUUCCUGUAAUACAUACAUACAUACAUGCAGGAUGAACUUCUCCUGUAUGCUCUUGGGGGUGUGUGCUGAUGCGAUCGCAGCGAUAAUUCUUCUCUCCAAUGAAGCAUUAAUCUGGCUUUGACUGGGUUGAAAAUAGAGGGGCUCAUCAGUCAUUACACUGAACCUGAACUCCUGAAAAAUGUGGACCCCAGGCCUGAAGCUACCCUAGAAGGCCUUGAUCCUGUAAUGGUCACCAUUUUUCUACAUGGCCUGAAGAUAUGUAGUUUCCCAUUUCUAGUAAAUCUAGAGCUAGGAUGCUAAUGUAAAUGGAACUUUGCUGGAAAGAGUAGCUAGAUUUGCUCAAUGCAAA